AUGGUCACUGAUCAAGGCCAGGCCGCUCAGAUCGACCUUGAGCAUGAAGCGCCGGAAACAAAUCCCGGCACUCGCUUCGACACCUCCCCAAUGGACCUUGACAACUCGACUAGUGCACCAUGGCAAUACAAACAGCGCCGAACUACGCGGUCCAUGGGAACUGCGCAGACGUCGCAUCAACAGCACUGGCGCUCUCUCCAUACAGGCUAG